UCUCUAUUUCGCUAGUAAGUGGGCUGUGACUGUGAAUCCGUCUGACUUGCAGACACAUCAUCUGAUAUGAACUCAGGAGAAAGAGAAGAAGUACAUGCUCCCCCUGGACAACCUAAGGUUCAGAGAUGUGGAGAAGACCUUCAUGUCCAGCAAGUGUGUCUUCGCUCUCUUCAACACAGAGUUAAGGAACGUGUAUAAAGACUACAAAAGCCUGGAGUUGGCGUGUGGCUCUCAGGAGGAGUUGGACAGCUGGAAGGCGUCUCUGCUGCAGGCCGGAGUUUACCCUGAGAAAGUCGCAAUGGAUGAGCAGGGGAAUGGAGCUCCUGAGAACUUCACAGACCCUCAGUUGGAGCGUCAGGUGGAGACCAUCCGUAACCUGGUGGAAUCCUACAUGAGCAUCAUCUAUAAGACCAUCAAGGACCUCAUGCCAAAGACCAUUAUGCACCUCAUGAUCAACAGCGUGAAGGAGUUCAUUAGCUCUGAGCUCCUGGCCCAGCUCUACGCUCUGGGAGAAUGCUCAGCGCUGAUGGAUGAGUCAACGGAGCAGCAGAAGUACCGGGAGGAAGUUCUCCGCAAGCACGCCGCGCUGAAGGAGGCGCUCGCUGUCAUUGGAAAGUUCUCCACCUCUACCUGCACCACCCCUCUGCCUCCACCUGUAGACUCCUCCUGGAUACGACCCUCCAGCCCGACACUCCCUAAAAAGACCAGUGUCGGUGUUCGAGGCCAUGCCCCAUCCGUCCCUCGAGUGCCCUCUAAUGCUUCUUCCAAGAGCACCAAGAGCCUUCAGCAGAUCGCUAGGCAACAUCACCGUGCUCCACCUAGUGUGCCAAGGAGGCAUCCUCCAGCUAUCCCAAAUGUGAAAUAACAGUAUUUUCUACUCAGAACUCCAUUACCCAUCGAUACCAGUGAUCCUCUAAACCGCCGCUCGCUGGUGCUCAGAGACCUCUGCCCUUUGUGAUGUGUCCUCCAGCUGAAGCUCUGCUGGGCUUCUGUCCUCUGGGAGCUGCCGUCUGCUAAUUCACUGAGUCUUGAGCGGCCUGUUUUGUACAUAAUACCAUUGGCCAUAAAUGCCGGAAUGUGCUCCUCUGUCUGCCUACUUUCCAAGAGUGCCUGAACCUUGUGUAAAUAGAAAUACCAAAUUGCAGUUAUUCUACCUAAACAGACCGCACAUGCACUAUUUUCAAUGUUUUUGAAUAAACAGGUUAUAUUUUUGAA